GGGUCAGCACUUUUCAAACUACUGAAAAGAAUCCAGAAAGCAAAGGUGCUCCAGUUCAGCCAUGUACCUUAGAAAAAACAGAGAUGUUUGUGGAAUUAGAUGAAGACCUUUAUCGAGAUGAAGAGGAAAUUGAAAAAGAAAAGACAAAGAAAGGAGUCCCUGUGUGUGAAAAAGGUACUAGAGGUGACCCUAAACUAGGAGUGGGGCCAGAAGUUGACAUCAUAGAGUAUUGCAAAAGGGAAUGGAGAGGCAAAACUCCUGUUGCAAAGCAAAUGAGGGAGGGUUAUGAAGAAGUGGCUCACAAUUUUGGUUCUAUAAGACAAGUUAGAGGAGAUAACUACUGUGCCUUAAGAGCUACAUUAUUUCAGUGUCUUAGUCAAACUACAGAGCUUCCACACUGGCUGGACAAUGCCGAUUUAAUUCAGUUGCCUGAAAAACUUAAUAAGACAUAUGAUUGGAUUAAACAGUGGCGGUUUUGGAAUUCCUCUGGAAGCAAAACACCUUGGUUACGGAUAAAGGAAUGCUUGGAAGUGCUUAAAAAAAAGUGGGCUGAAAUGAGCAAAAUGAAGAUACCUGAUAAUAAACAAGAGGCUUGUGAUGAGAUCUUUCAAACAGAAGAUGAGUACUGUUUGUAUGAGGCUGUGAAGUUUUUGAUGCUGAGAACUGCUGUUGACUUAUACAAUGCCAAUGAGAAUGGCUUGGAAGUGCCUGUGUUCUCUUGGUUGCUAUUUGCUAGAAACACAUCUAAUAAUCCUUGCGAGUUUAUGAAGAAUCACUUGAAUCAAGUGGGACACUCUGGAGGACUUGAACAGGUUGAAAUGUUUCUUCUCGGAUAUGCAUUGCAGCACACAAUAAAAGUAUAUAGACUGUAUAAAUAUGGAACAGAUGAAUUUAUUACACAAUAUCCUGAUGACCAGGCAGACUGGCCUGUGGUAACUCUAAUAACGGAAGAUGACCGCCAUUAUAAUGUUCCAGUUAGAGUGUGUGAAGAAACAAGUUUAUAGAUUUUGUCCUAUUAUGUAAAAGAUUGCCACUGCUACUGUUUUAAGACUGUGCUGUUACAAGAAUCUGGUUUAUUUGGGAAUCUUCAGAGGUCCUCCUUAGAAGAAGAACAUCAGUGUUAAGUUGGAUCAGUAAAGACUGGACAAUAGGUUUAUGGGUGGAGGGAGUUCUCAUAAAUUACUUUAUAUAGAGGGAUUUGUUACUUUGGAAAUGAAUUCACAGGACGAUUAAGAAGACUUUUAUGGAUGCUGUAUACAUACUUCAUGGCAGUUUUGGGUUUAUUAUUUGUAUUUCUGACAUGAUUCCUACAGAUGCCUUUGCAAAGUAAACAUUUUUGAUUUU